AUGAGUUCAGAAAGUGAUGAUGAAAACGUGAUUCGCUAUGGAACACCGCUGGAACCGUUUGAAGAAGAUGAAAUACCAACCAAGCGUAAGUUUCAACAACCAUCAGAUCAAUAUGCAGUUGACGCUAAUGGCAGACGCCGUUUCCAUGGAGCAUUUACUGGAGGCUUCUCAGCUGGCUUUGGCAAUACUGUUGGCACUCAAGAAGGUUGGACUCCAGCAACUUUUAAGAGCUCUCGUUCGGAAAAAGCACAGUUGUCUAGUCAAAAGCCCGAAGACUAUAUGGAUGAAGAAGAUAGAAGUGAGUUUGGUAUUGCUCCCAUGCAAGUGCAGACUCAGGGCGAGUUCUCUGGACAAAAGAGGGCUAAAAGUAAUAGGUUCCAUGAUGGACCAAUACCAGGAGAACCAGUAUUGGAGCAAAUAUUACGACCUGUGCAUGAAUCGGCUGCUGUACGUAUGUUGCGAGCUAUGGGAUGGAGAGAUGGACAAGGCACUGGUGAGAGGUUAACAAAAACUGAAAGGAAAAAGGCCAAACAGCAACACAAAGUAUACGGAUGCUAUAUGCCACCAGAAGUAAGGCAGGAAAAACAAGGCAGUGCAGAUGAAAGUUCUGAUUCUGAGUUUGAAUAUGAGACACUAUUUGCGCCAGAUGAUUAUGAACCAUAUAUCCUUCUACGUAAGAAUGAUCGGUUUGGGUUAGGAUAUAGCGGUCUAAGCAGGCAUUCUGUUCUUGGUAACCUUGUGGGAGAGUAUGGAAGUGGCGAUAGAAGGAGUAGACUUGUUAUGAAAGAAAAGGGAAAAAAGGUAUCAAUAAGAGGCCAGGCGUUUGGUGUAGGCGCUUUUGAAGCUGACGAUGAAGAUAUAUAUGCAACAGAGGAUAUGUCACAUUAUGACUUUGCUUUGGCUGGACCAGAAAAACAAAUUAACAAACAAACAGUACAGAGAGAGAAAAAUGUUCUAGAAGGUUUUGUUAAAUCGAAUAAGCCAUUACCAGCUGUGCCCUCAUACCCGGCGCCUACUUUGCCAAGAGACUAUCGACCGCAACCAGCCGCUCAAAGAAGAACAAGAUUCGAACCCACCGACAAGCCACAGAGAGAUCAAGGCCUCGGUCGUCACGAAUUAACAGCGGAAGCGAGAGGUGCUCUUCUAGGAGAAGCACAAGUGAAAAUAGAGCUACCAAAGCCUCAAGCAGAGGUAACAACAAACACGCCUGGCAAAUCGGAAACAACCAUGGAAAAAUUAUUUGGCAAGAAUAUUAAUUUCGUAACAGAGAAGACCGAAGAUUUCAUAUCAAUAAAAAGCUCUGGGGCUGACCUUAAAACAUUUAAACCAUUCGCCAGUGAUCCAUCUAAACAAUCGCGAUACGAACGGUUUCUGGAAAAUAAACUGGUAGAAAGGGAUAGCGAUAUGGACAAUGUCACUGCGUGGGAGAGGGACAGAGAGAUGUUGGAGUUUGAGCAAGCGGCCAAGUUGUAUCGGCCGCUCAGUGGUGUUAUGGGAGAUAGAUUCACACACGCAUCCCAACCGGAUGAUGCCCUUAACCCGAUGUGUGCUGUCGCGAAGAGUUCUAUCAAUUAUGGCUUAGCAAGUGAAGAGAUGGUAGAGGCGGCUAAAAAAGGUGCUUUUGGUGUUAUGACAAGGCGAACAGUUGACUGGCGCCCAGAGUCUCUAGUUUGCAAAAGAUUUAAUGUUCCAGAAAUCGGUGGAGGCAGACAACAACAGAAGAAAGAAGACAAGCCAAAAGUAUCAUACUCAAUUUUUUCGUAUAUGGAGACGUCCGUUCAUAAUAAAGAGAGCUUUACGAAGGAACAAAGCAAAUUUAGUGGCUCAAAAUCCAUCAAUACGGAAAAAAAAGCGACAGAAAUUCCUAAAACACAAGAAUCCACAACAAAAGUUCAAGAACAACCCAACAAGAGAAUGACAGUAGCGGAAUUAUUCUUAAAAGAAUCAGAAAAGUCCAAAGACACAGGUCAAGAAGUGACUGAAACUAUUGAAAAAUUCGACAAAAUAGAUCUUUACAAAGCAAUAUUCUUAAGCGAUAGCGAACCCGAAGAUGAAACUACAUCCACAAACUUCUAUGAAGCACCCAAAAAUGUUGAAAGAAAUGACUCCCCGCCCCGUGGUAUCUUCGCAAAUAUAAACUUCGAUGAAAUCAACUCUUGGAAGAGGUCUCAAAAGGACAAAGACAAUUCAAAAACCGAAGCGAGCAUAAAUACCAAAGCAGAAGAUGAAAAAAGUGGAAUAGACAAAAACGAUGUUGUAGAGUUAAACAUGUAUGGUCCUAAAAUUCCGGACAAUUUACAACUAAAUACAUCAACAAAUACACACUUUAAACCUAAAUUUAGAAGUAAAGAUGAAAGAGAUGAGUCUUCCAGUUCAGAUUCGUGGGUUGAUGCAAAAGAAGUUAAAUCAAAGAAGCAUAAGAAAAAGAGCAAAAAACAUAAGAUGAAACACAAAAAGUCAAAAAAUAAGAAAAAGGAUAAAUAA